AUGCCCGGGAUGGCCUCUGAAAUGGAGUUGAUGAUGCAAAGCCUGCCUGAAGAUGUUGGGAAGCUCAAAGAUCAUACCAACUACACUCGAUGGCACAGUCGCCUCCGCCGUGCUCUUAAGCAACGAGACAAUCGCUUCUGGCCUACUCUAACGGGCGCGAACAAGCCACCAGUCUUGCACAAGCUGUCUGUCCCUGAUGAUAAUGUCGUGCGCGAGACUCUCGCCGACAAGUACAUCGUUUCUCUGGAAUCUAUCUCUACGAAUCAAAUAGCCGACCACAUCAACAAAACUGUCCACCAGCCUAAUGCUUCACUCUUCGCGUGGAAAGCCAUCGAUCAAAAGCUACUACCUCUCUUCCUGGUCACUCUGGGAUCUCAUCUCCAGUUCCAUGUUAGAUUGGCCAAGACAGGCUCGGAAGCCUACCGCAUCAUCGAGGGCAUGUUUAACGGAUUAGCGAAACAGCAUGUGUGGGCCAACUGGAUCAACUGCACUUUCAUCGCUCACAAAACGGCUCCGGACUUUAUCUACCGCUGGCGUCGAGCUUUGGAUGAGGUGAUUUAUCUUUUCGAGGAUGAUGCACCCUCGCUCAAGUGCCAGUUCUGUCAGUUUAUGGCUGCAAUUGAUGGUCAUCCUAAUACAAAGUUCUGGGCACGGAAGGCUUCUUUUGAUAUGAGUGAUGCUUCUGUGAUGGAAAGGGUAUUUCAGUCCUUUUUGUCACACUUGCCAAAAUCUGGAAGAGUGGCCAAUGGACUGAAGGUACAUUGGAACAUUUGA